UUAUAUAUAUUAAGGAGCUCAUGUACAGCAACACCUCACUUUACAAUUCCCUCUAUUUUCCAUCCAAAUUUUGUAACAACUCGUGAUUUCGCUGGAAGAAAUAAUAACAUUUUUUUUUAAAUUAUCGUGUAACAAAUAAUAAUGCAGUGGAAUUGAUUACGCCAGUGAAUAAUUCGCGAGAGAGGUUAUGAAGCCGGUAUUAGGUUAUCUCUUAAUCGAGAACAAUAUUUGUUGCUCAAUAGAUAUAUCUAUUUAUCAACAAGUUAUUUGAUAUUCAAUCUGUAUUUUUAUAAUGGAUUAUGAGCAACUGCAAACAUAUCAGCAGCAGAUACUAGCUCAGGCUCUCAAUGAGGGGGUGAGGCGUAAUAAUGAACAAGUGAAAAUUUGGAGUGACUACAAGACGCGUCAUGAAAAAGUUCUGGAAGGUUUGGGAAUGCUGCCCCAGAAUUUAUCUGUAAACUGCAUGGUACCUGUAGGUCGACGUGCAUUGAUACCUGGUAAAUUAGUUCAUACCAAUGAGAUUAUGGUUUGCCUUGGUGAUGGAUAUUUUGCCAAGUACAGUGCCGCACAGGCGAUCGCUCUGUGCAAUCGUAGGAUUCAAAAAGCCAACGAGAUGCUCGGAAAUUUGGAGAAGGAAAGAAACUUGUUUGAGAUGAAACAAAUGCUCACAGAUACUUUCGAUGUGUUCGGUGAUAAUAAUAAGAAAGAUUUACAGGAACUCUGGGAUAAUGAGAAACUUGAGAAUUGGAGAGAUGAGCAUAGAAGACGUGAGAAGGAGUACAGAGAAAAAUUGGUACAAUUGAAAAAUGAAAAGAAGGAGGAGAUCAAGACGGAGGAGGAUCUAUUCAAAAGACUUGACGCCCUGGAGCUUCAAGAGGAGCUCGAAGACGAACUCUACAAGUUGGAAGAAGAAAAUCCAGAAUUUUAUACUCAGCAAUUUGACGAUGACCAGUACUAUGACGAAUCAGAAGUAGAUUCAGAGUCAUACUCAUCAGAUUAUUCAGAAGAGGCGACGAAUGAAAUUAAGGAGAGAAAAUCAACGAAGUUGAAUCAUCGUCUUCAAGUAUUAAACAGUGUGAAUACGUGUCAACUGGACAUGAGAAACGAGGAGAAUGAUAGAUAUCUGAGGCACAGUAGGACAAUAAACUACAUUAGUACAAAUGGAAAUGAAGUCUCGCCGAAUGAAUGUCAAUCAUUUGAUGUGGAGAAAGCUGAGGGCAAUAAAAUUGUAGAUAGACUAGAAGUAAGAGAGAAGAAAGUAGCAUUUGCUGAGCCACAGGUGAAAUAUUUUAGUAAUGAGGAGGAGAUGGAAGUUAGCACUGACAAGAGACGGGUGUCGGUCAUUGAACAGAGGCUGUAUGAGUACUGGAAAGAGGACGAUGAGUCCGAGGAUGAGAGUGAUGAGGAUGACACCAUUAGAAUUUACAUUAAACAUUCAGACAAAGAGUCUGAUAUUCCUACUAACCAGGGGACUGAUAUCGUGAGUCCUCGUGAUAUCUAUAAAUUAAUUCCAGGCCCAAAAUCAAUAUUGAAGAAAACGUCGAACCACUGUAGUUACAGUAAAGAAAUUCCACCGUUAGCUGAAGUUACUACUGAGGAGUCGAGUGAGAACGAGGUGGAGCUAAUAUCUGCAUAUAAUACUAUCGUGAAAGAAAUAAAAGAACAUACGGCUUCGGUGGCUCCUGCGGAGGUGGCGGAAACCCCACUGAAAAGAGUUAGUAAAUUCAAAAUGGAACGAGCUGGACUCAACAAAUGAAUUACAUUGAGGGUAUGGAGUGUUUUUUAUUUGUCACUGCACUGUAAUUCUAUUAAGGUUUUUUCAUUGAAUAAAUAUAUUGUUAUAUUGAA